AUGCUGGCCCUCCUGGCCCUCCUGGCCGCACUGUGGGGUCCCCCGAGGAUGGCGGACAAGGUGGUUCCAAGGCAGGUGGCCCGGCUGGGCCGCACCGUGCGGCUACAGUGUCCUGUGGAGGGCGACCCGCCGCCACUGACCAUGUGGACCAAGGAUGGCCGCACAAUCCAUGGCGGCUGGAGCCGCUUCCGCGUGCUGCCCCAGGGCCUGAAGGUGAAGGAGGUGGAGCGGGAAGACGCCGGCGCCUACGUGUGCAAGGCUACCAACGGCUUUGGCAGCCUCAGCGUCAACUACACCCUCAUCGUGAUGGAUGACCCUGGUGUGGGAAGGGAGCGUCUGGGGCAGGACGGCUCCUCUGGGGGCCAGGAGGACGCAGCCAGCAAGCAGUGGGCGCGGCCCCGUUUCACACAGCCCUCCAAGAUGAGGCGCCGGGUGAUCGCCCGGCCAGUGGGCAGCUCUGUGCGGCUCAAGUGUGUGGCCAGUGGGCACCCACGGCCCGACAUCACGUGGAUGAAGGACGACCAGGCCCUGACAGGCUUGGAGGCCGGGGAGCACAGGAAGAAGAAGUGGACCCUGAGCCUGAAGAACCUGCGUCCCGAGGACAGUGGCAAGUACACGUGUCGCGUGUCCAACCGCGCAGGCGCCAUCAACGCAACCUACAAGGUGGACGUGAUCCAGCGGACACGCUCCAAGCCCGUCCUCACGGGCACGCACCCCGUGAACACGACCGUGGACUUUGGGGGCACCACGUCCUUCCAGUGCAAAGUGCGCAGUGACGUGAAGCCAGUGAUCCAGUGGCUGAAGCGCGUGGAGUACGGCGCCGAGGGCCGCUACAACUCCACCAUCGACGUGGGCGGCCAGAAGUUCGUGGUGCUGCCCACGGGCGACGUGUGGUCGAGGCCCGACGGCUCCUACCUCAACAAGCUGCUCAUCACCCGCGCGCGGCAGGACGACGCCGGCAUGUACAUCUGCCUGGGGGCCAACACCAUGGGCUACAGCUUCCGCAGCGCUUUCCUCACCGUGCUGCCAGACCCCAAGCCGCCAGGGCCACCCGUGGCCCCCUCGUCCUCGGCCACUAGCUUGCCGUGGCCCGUGGUCAUCGGCAUCCCGGCCGGUGCCGUCUUCAUCCUGGGCACCGUGCUCCUGUGGCUCUGCCAGGCCAAGAAGAAGCCGUGUGCGCCUGGGCCCGCCCUCCCCGUGCCUGCGCACCGCCCGCCCGUGGCCGCCCGCGACCGUGGCGGGGACAAGGACCUCCCCGUGCCAGCCAGCCUCGGCACCGCCCCUGGCCUGGGGCUGUGUGAGGAGCUUGGGCCUACGGCAGCUCCCCAGCACCUGCUGGGCCCGGGCCCAUCUGCUGGGCCCAGACUUUACCCCAAACUCUACACAGACGUGCACACGCACACGCACACACACACGCACUCACACACGCACUCUCACGUGGAGGGCAAGAUCCACCAGCACCAGCACAUCCACUAUCAGUGCUAGACCGUGCGGCCGCGCGGGGCGCCAGGGGGCACGCGGGGGG